UGACGUCAGGAUUGGAUGGGUUAGUUUUCUGGCUUUGUGCGAAACGACCAGCGACUCGUUGAUGUUUGGGAUCAGCAGAAUCUAAGUAACCUUAUAUUUUCGUCCUAACGCUUUCACAAACGUUGUACUGUUGAAUGUAUGAACGAAUGAAUUGUAUAAGAGAGAAAUGGCGUUGUAGCACGUCGGAAAUGCUAGCAACCUGAUUUUACGGUAAAUCGGUGUAUGGAAGCUAACCAGGCUGCUAUUAUCAGUGCUGGUUAUUACGGAGGGAUUAUUAAAGCGUCGUUUAAAAUAGUUAGCAUGUUUACAAUCUCGGAGCAUCUCAAGUAGCCAAAUAAUUUCAGCUGAAAUCUGGCUGUACUGCUGCAGUUAACGGCUGUCCUCAUUACUAUUUGUGCUCUUUUGUUAUUAUUUAAGCCCAUUCAUUCAGUGGGCGCCCAGCUGUCGCUUUGUGACAUAUCAAAGACACUGCUCUUUAAAAAAAAAAAAAAGCCCUCUUUCCUUUUGGGUACUGAAUAUAUUUUAAUAGUGCAAAAUAAAUCUUUUUCUUAUUUCGUGAUGUUUGAUUGUUAUCAUGGAAGGAAGUACUGCUUUUCACAGACCGGUUGCAGAGGAGACAUGCAGAGUCUGACCCAAACCAGCAGCGGACCCAACGCUAUGACUGACACUGAGGCUGAGCCGGUACAAAGCCAGACACACACUGAAGAAGUGGUGAAGAACAUGACCGCUCCCAGUGAGGUGGUAAUAGCAUCACAAGCAACUGAGGCAGGACUGCAAAGUGCAGAAGCACAAGCAGCUGCAGUGACAGAACCUGCUUCAGAAUCGCUCAUUGAGACCUCACUUAACAAUGGAUUGGAGAAACCGAGCAGGCCUGCAGCACUGUUACCCAGUAAAAAUAAGAAUUCCUGUGUUCUGAAGGUGAAGAAACAGGAUAAAGGUGUGCGUGAUGGCAAGAAGUAUAUUCCAUCCAAGAAGGCCAUGAUAGAUCCUCUGAAGAUGGACAUGUCCAAGCCCCCAGUUGUUCCUCUCACAUCGUCUCAGCUUUCCUUGCAGUGCAUUGAGUGCCACAUCAUUUUCAGCGAUCACAAGAGCAAAGAGCGUCACUUGAAGUUGUCCCAUCCUGCAGAAUACGAGCAGUGCAUACUGAGGAAUGCACUUUUUGCUUGUUACGUUUGUGACCGCCACUUCACAAAUUCCACUGAACUUAUGGCUCACCAGAAAACCCACAUAGAGAAGAAACCCUUCAAGUGUCCAAUCUGUGCUCAGGCCUUCAAAAAGACAUCAGAGCUCACGCUCCACAAAAAGGUUCACUAUGGUCAGGGUGGGUAUGCAUGCGCAGACUGUGGCAAACCUUGCAAAACAUUGACCCUGCUGAAGUACCACCACCGCACGCACACCGGGGAGAGGCCAUAUGUUUGCAGGGAGUGUGGAAAGAGGUUCAGCAUGUCCAAAGCUCUUCAGAAACAUAUAGAGUCACAUGGACCAGAGGGAGCUGAAGGACAAGUGCAAGAUUCCUCUGCCACUGCAAAUGCACAGCUGAAGAAGAACGACGGUGCUUCUACAGUAAAUAUCCCUGUUCUAUAUGCAAAGCCGUCUUCAAGUCUACAAAAACACGUCUACGUCACAUAAAAACCAAGCACAACGUGGUGUCUCCUGCAGCCUGUAAUGCCCUCCCAAAAGGGCAGCAAGAGAAACAGAAUACACCCAUUAUAACCCCAAUAUCUAUCUGCCAACCAGGACUGCUACAAGUGGAGCCCAA